CCUGGAACAAGUGUCCAGGCUGUGGCAAAGACCCAUAGAGCCUAUCACAAUACAAGAAAUAAUAUCAGGAAUUAAAUAAGCACCAGUGGAGGGAAUUCUUUUGAAUUAAUUCUGCCUCUGACAGGGCUAAAGAAAGGUUGUUAGGAUUCAAACAAGCUCUGUCUGCCACGCUGUGUUUUCUUUUCCUGGCUGAAAGGCUCAGGUCCUACGGCAGCAGAAUGAAUUCCUGCCUGUCCUUUGAGAUGCCUUUACUGUCCAGGCUUCCUCUGGGCUCACCCUGAUGGCAAUGUGGAACACAUAGGCUUGCCUCCUUGGUUCCAUCGGUGUGAUUUUCAUACGGGGAACUGGUGCUUUAGGCUAGCAGUGCAGCAUGACCUUAGCUGUCUGUAGGAAUAUUCAUCUCUGGCUUCUUUGUAUCCGUGAAGCUGCCUACACACAGCAGCUGCAGCAGUGUGGGCUCCCAUAGGGCUCAUGUGUCUGCAAGCCCCUCAAAGCUGUUUCUUCCAGGGCUGUUGGUUUCUGCUGCAUGAAGAGAAGGCUAACAGCACCAUGGCAAAUCAUGCCUCGCAAGCUCAGGCAAACAGCUUUACUUAAGUAAAAUGGGAAUUUGUAUUCUGGCAGCUAUACUGAUGACUUGGGGCUUGUAGGAGAAAUUGAGCAAAUCUCCAGUGCUGACAAGGCAGAGGAAUUUCUAACAGUUGCACUUUUUUAUAUCUGUAACUAAUACGCGAGGAGCCUUGUAAAUGUCUGAGGGGAGGUGGGGGAAGGGGAGAGCCAGGGAAGGAAGAAAGAAGAAAAGCAGUGUUAUGCUGUGACUUAUGACUCAAACCAUGCAGUCAGCUGCUAGGCCCCCUGCGUGGUGCUCAGGAAUUGCUUCUCUCCUAUCAUUGAUUCACCAGACAAAGGCAUUUUCUGCAUUGCAACACACAGCCUUUGCAGACCACGUUGGUAUCCUCACAGGCAAUGGUGGCUGAAACCCUGAGCCCUGCAGGACUCCUCAAUCCGAGCUGGCAGCCAACGGGCUGCUCUUGGAUUUGCCCCUGGGAGCGCCUUGCAGUUUGUGUUCUACUUUGUGCUGGGGCCGCAUUUCACUUUGAUUACUCAUGAUUCUUGUUCUGUUUUUCUUCUUUUCCAUUUGUUCCUAGCCGUCUUGCUGGAUUUUAGUGCUGUACUCAGACUGGUGUGCUGCAGCAUGACUGGCAGUCCUGGAGGACUGGGAAAGCAGCGUGUGUGUCCGGUUAAUGCGAGGAGAAGCGCAGAUGCUGCAACUGUUCAGACACCAGAGCUGAUGACUGCAGAUCCAUUUCUGUGUGCUCUGCCUGUCCUGUAGGAGCUCAGCAUACCAGUCCAUGUGCAGAGGGAAGCUGGAAGGCUUUUGUGUGCACAUAUAAGAAGCCCCAGCUGUACUUGCCUACCCUGACAUAACAAAACAAUCAAAAGCAUCAUGUGGAGCAAACUCCUGUUUUUCUCAAGACUCACCUGUUAAGCAAUUUCCUAUGUUCAAGAGCUCUUCUUUGCCAAAUGUGGUUCUGCGGUGAGACGAGCGGCGAGGAGGACGCCGAAGUACUGACGGCCCAGAAGUUCCGGGCUGACCUGGCCUACAGAGAACGGGAGUUUGAGAAAGCUCUGUGUGAAUACUCAAACUGCUUGCAGCACUUGCCUCCCGGUAACAUUGCCAUGAGGCGGGACGUCCAGGAGGGCCAGGCUCGCUGUUUGUCUCAACUAGGAAGGCACAAGGAAGCUCUGGAUAUUGCAGAAAGAAUGAGAAAUGGUGCCACAAACACGGAUCACUUAACGACUGUUCUCAACCUGCAGUUUGCCAUUUAUCGGGAUCUGGAAAACGUGGAAAAAAAGAUCGUGUGUCUGCAGCAGCUGAUCUGCUUACAUCCCUUCAACCCUUGGUUCUGGAUGUCACUUGCUGAAGCUUAUAUGGACCUUUUGCAGGGCUUGUCUCCAUUAUGCAUUCCAGAAACAAACCUACAUUGGUCCAGAGAGGUUAGUGAUGGUAGUUUCGGAAUAUCAGCUGGAGGAGAGAUUAAUCUCCAGCCUCACAGAUCGCACUGCCAGAGCGAAGGCCCUCCGUCCUGCCCAGCUGCAGAAACAAAGAGCGAGAGCUCAGCGACCUGCAGCAGCAGCCAGGCUGUAACAGAAAUGCUCUGCACUUCAGACUACACUGGAAGGAAAGCUGAAGGGAAACAGGCAGCCUGCGAGUCCUGGGAGCCGGACUUGGCAAAGCAUGUUGGCGUAAAGGCGUGUGCCUCAUUUGUUAGAGCAAGGCUUUUACUUCAGCUUACUCAACUGCAACAGUCAUCCUUUGCUCUCGAAAAUAACAUAAAAUGUCAGAAAGAAAUUGAUGACAAAGUGGCACAGUUUGGUUUAAAUGAAAACUCCCUGCUGCAGGUGACCAAGGUGAUGGGAGCAGAUCUUAUACCAGAAAAACUAAAGGAGGAAUUUCAGGGCGAGGUAAAAUGCAUAGGCUCUUCAGCACUGUCAUCAUUGGUAACCGCAUCGGCCUCGGAGUUUGAAAUCAAAUGGUUCGAUAUUCUGUGAGAUGAUCUGUGCCACUUGGACAGGCAGGUCUCUUCAGAGACACACACCCCAGCUCUGGCAACGUAGGGCUGUUGUAUUUAUUGUCACAGCUUCAGAGGAUUAUGGAAUGAUGCACGCAAAAUGUUCCUGUUGUAUUUUUUACGUUUUCUUAUAGUAUGUAUUUCAAGAAAGUAAAUCUCUGCAUUUGAA